GUCUAUCAAACCUCCGAAAUGGGUGCGUACCGGUAUAUGCAGGAACUCUAUAGGAAGAAGCAGAGUGAUGUUAUGCGCUAUCUGCUUCGAAUCCGUGUUUGGCAAUAUCGCCAAUUAACGAAGCUGCAUAGGUCGCCUAGACCAACCCGCCCGGAUAAAGCUCGUCGAUUGGGAUAUCGCGCCAAGCAAGGCUUCGUAAUUUAUAGAAUUCGUGUCCGUCGUGGAGGCCGUAAACGCCCUGUGCCUAAGGGUUGUACGUAUGGCAAGCCAAAAAGUCAUGGUGUCAAUCAACUAAAGCCAUACCGUGGAUUGCAGUCUAUUGCAGAAGAGCGUGUCGGUCGUCGCCUUGGUGGUCUGCGUGUUCUUAACUCAUAUUGGGUUGCUCAAGAUGCUUCAUAUAAAUACUUUGAAGUUAUCUUAGUUGAUACUCACCAUAACGCUAUCCGACGCGAUGCCAAAAUUAACUGGAUAUGUAAGCAUGUACACAAACAUCGCGAGCUUCGUGGUCUUACCUCUGCCGGCAAGAGCUCCCGUGGCAUUGGCAAAGGAUACAGAUACUCGCAGACAAUUGGUGGCUCUAGACGUGCCGCCUGGAAACGCAAGAAUCGUGAACAUAUGCAUAGAAAGCGUUAAAUGUAUACUCUUGUAACAUUUUGACAAUUGCUUAUGUAUACAUAAAUAUGAAAUAAAACAUAUUAUAUGUAAAUUGUA